GGAGGAGGAGGGCAAAAAAAGGAGCACACAGCACGGCGCAUAACUGUGUAUACACGAAUGCUAUAUAUAUGCUUACACAUUCAAUACUGCGCCUGACAUUGCAUUCUCUUGUAUAUAUAACAUACAUCUAUCUAUAGGUAUACAGAGAAUGUGUAUACGUAUUACUACACUAGGCUACUAGGGGCCAAGGGGUAAAUGCAGGCAGUACUGCGGCUGCGAGAGGUGUCGACUGAUGGGUGCUGUGCUCUCGUUGGACUUUUAAGCUUAAAGAAGAAUAAUUUAUUGAUCGUCUCGAAGACGUCGGCCCAAACGACAACAUGAACAUGGAUUUCAACAUGAAGAAGCUCGUGAAAGACGCGGGCGCGGCCCUCAGUCGUGUUGUCCAGAUGACUGAGGAGACUUUGGGUACAUCAGAGAAGACAGAGCUGGAUGCCCAUUUUGAACACUUGGCAGAAAGGGCUAAUGCCACAAAGACCUGGACCGAGAAAAUACUCAGGAAUAUGGAAGCAAUGUUGACACCUAAUCCUGGAAAUAGAAUCGAAGAUUUCUUUUUUGAAAAGAUCGAUAAGAAAAAACCAAAUAGGCUUAGCAAUUUGGAAUACGUUGGUAUAGACAUGAUAGAGGCUGGCAAUGAUUUUGGCCCUGGAACAGCUUACGGGAGUGCAUUAAUUAAAGUUGGUCAUUGUCAGCAAAAGCUAGGACAAGUGGAAAGAGACUUUAUUGGAACUUCAGCUAAUUGUUACAUACAACCUUUGAGAAAGUUCUUGGAGGGAGAAAUGAAAACCAUAAGUAAAGAAAUGGCCAUUUUAGAAAGUAAAAGGUUGGAUUUAGAUUCUUGCAAGAGACGAGUCAGAAAAGCUAGGUCUAUGUUGGGACAACAGAAUGAAAGUGGUUUAUCUCCUGAAGCAUUGCUUGAUCAGGCUGAAAGGGAAUUGAGGGUGGCUCAGUCGGAAUUUGACAGGCAAGCAGAAAUUACAAAAUUGUUACUAGAAGGAGUCUCAAGUUCACAAGCUGGUCACCUACGAUGCCUGCAUGAGUUUGUGGAAGCUCAAACUCGUCACUAUGCACAGUGUCAUGCUACUAUGCAAGAACUGCAAAGGGAAUUAGCAGGAGCGCGACAACCGAGUCCUCUGCUCCGAGUCAACAGCGAGGAAGUGAUCGAGAUAAAUCCCUCGCCUACACAAUCCCAAAACUCGCCUACCCAUCUUGCCGGAACAGCUUAUGUCACUGCUACAUUUGAUACAGACAUGUCUAAAAUAUAGUCACUCACAUUUAAUUAACUUCUGUUCUCACACGUACACUUUGAUCCUUAAUACUUUCAAUUUUAAUUCAUUCUAUUUACAACAACUAUAUUUUCCUUGCAAAUUUUUUAUUCGUUCCAAUAGACCAAUGAAAGAGAUUUUGAGUUCAUCUUUAAAAUAAUAAUCUUUCAACGAUUUUCUGAGAUUUCUUUGGAAUAUUUUUUCAAAAUACUGUCUCUAUCAUAUAUUUAUCUGUCUCAAGUUUAAAAACUGGCAUCUUGUGGAUUAUUAGAAAAAUAUUUGGUAGACAUCAGAAAUCUCGUUGAAGAUUUUUUAUUUUUGUCCCAACUCUGAUAUUCCUGAAAUCGUUAUUUGUUAAAAAUAAUUAAAAUUUUUCGGAAAUGCUAAAACUUUAAACAUACCCCUCUCAUUUUAUAAAUUGUCUCCUUUUGAUUCAUCUUAAAUAUAAUGAAAUUCAUGAACUACAAAAAAAAAUAAUUUUAAUUCUUUAAAAUUAUCCCUUGGUAAUAUAACUCAUAACAGUUUAAUCAAAUCAAAAAAAAUAAUUGAGCUAUAAAAGGCAAUAAUAGAUAAGGCAGAUUCCUGUGCUAGUCAAUAUAAAAAUAUUUACAUGUUCCUUGUAUCCUGUAUCUUGAUGUUGUUUUAUGACACUGUUAUCUAUUUAUAAAAUGUCAAGUACGCAGUCUAAUGAAAAUGUAAAUUGAUUGUUUAACAUAAUAAAAUUAUUUUAGUGUCAGUUAAUUUUUGUUUCUAAUCAUUGUUCAGUGUAUGGAAUAAUUUUCACUUCGUUUUCACUUCAUUCAUAGUAUUACAUAAAUAAUGCAUCAAAAAUAUUAACUUAAGUGUUGUAGUACCUAGUAAAUUAUUCACUCUUUGUUUUUUCAUGUUUAUGCAUGUGUAUCAUUAUUAUCAUUAAUCAAAUUUUCCUAUAAGUGUGUUUCAUUAUUGGUUUGCAAUUACAAUCUCAACAAAAUUAUUAAGGGUAAUAUUUUCUCAUCUAGUUCAAGAACAAUCGUUUCUAUUUUCUUUUUUUUUAAAUAGAGUAGGAAGCGGUUUUUUUGUGAAUUUAUAUGAUGGUGGAGGAUUUUAU